AUGGAUUCCUCGAGCACUCUCAAUUCCUUGGCAACGAAUGCGCUGACAUUGAACUGGAGUUUUGGUUUCAACAAGGAUGUUGUUGACGGCGUACACAGCUUGUGCUCUGACGGGCGACAGGCCCUCUUUUUCGUGGCGGCCCACACCGGCGUAAUAUACGACUACGCCAAGCGCACUCAAGACCUCUUGCAGGGGCAUUGCAACUGUAUCUGCGCCGUCGCAGUCAGUCAUAACAAGAAAUGGGUGGUAACAGCCGAUGCUGGACAGGACAGCAUGCUUGUCGUAUGGGACACGGCUUCCGGUAUUCCAAUCAAAAGCAUUUUCAAUCCGCAUCCAAAAGGCGUGAUCGCAAUGGAUAUCUCGCCAGAUGCCCUGUUCAUCGUGACCUUGAGUGCUCCAGCGCCAGCGGAGAGCGAAAACGACUCCCCUCAAACGAUAAGCAUUUGGGAAUGGACUCACCCGGAGAGGGAAGAGGCUCUCUUCACCAGCGUCAUCGAUGAGCCGGAUGUGCAGAAGGUGGUGAAGUUCAACAGUUCUGACAUCCGGCACAUUGUAACGACGGGUGACCGCAAGACUAUGUUCUGGGGCUGGGAAGACGGCGGUCUGAGAGGCUACAUUCCUCGGAUGUCACGCCAUGACUUCAAGAAGGGAAAUGGAGUCUACACAUCGUGCUGCUUCCUACCAGGGACAACCCAGGCUAUCACCGUCACCUCUAUCGGCGAGAUCGUCGUCUGGGAUGAGGUCCAGACGACUUCAAAAGGGGUCAACGGGGCCGGCAAUGCCGGCGAACCCGAUGGAUCACUAGAGUCGGCACAAUUGCUCCUUCACAGACCAAAGCGGCAAGCGGUCAAGGUGUUGAAACUCUGUGACGGAGCGAUUACACACGUGAGCACCGUCGCUGGUGGCAGCCCGGCGGUAGACGAUGAAUGCGCCACCCACGCGGAGGACGGGCCAGGUUCGGGCGAUGUUGGCGUUGACUCGGCUGCAGGAGCAGCCAUGUACGUUGUGACAGCUGGUGAGGAUGGGGCAGUGCGGUUCUAUGACCUCAAGUUCCGGUUGGAGGCCUGGUUUGAAGAUUUUACAGCCGGUGGCGUAACAUCUGUCUCGUUCGCGGCAAAGCUACCGCCACGCGCCAAAGGAGGUGCUGAUUCAGCUUUCCGAGUUCCCGAUUUCGUCGUGGGCACUAAUCGGGCCUACGUCGUGGCUUGCGCCGCUUCGGCAUUCGAGGAACUUGACCCAGAACGAAGGAGGGGCUCUGUCCUGGUGCAGGGAAUGGUGGGAUCGGUAGCUUGUGUGGCGGCUCACCCCCUGUUGCCGCGAUUGGUGAUACUGUGCGAGUCCGGUGAUGUGCAUCUGUGGGACUACAACCUCAAGGUGCUGGUGACUCUCCGCUCAUUCGACCCGGCUCGCCUGCGGCCGCAAAACUGCGCGUUCCACCCUCAAGGAACCCUCCUUGCAAUCGGUUUCAGCUCAGGUGCUUGCAAGAUCCUAGACGCAACCGACCUCGAGGAAGUAGCCAGCUUCCGCUAUUCUUCGACCUCCCUAUCCACCGUCCGCUUCAGCCCCGACGGAGAAAUGGACGAAGAGGUACAGCCACGAGACACGUGGGUGUAUGUAGGCCGCCACCGAAGCCACGGCAGAGCGAUCACGGGGCUAGAGUUCGGCACUCGUGAAGAUGGAAGGGUGUCACUCGUCAGCGUCGGCGAGGAUAGGUGUCUCGUUGAGUAUAACCUGCCCGACAGUAACCAGGAAACUGGUCUCUUGAUGGCGGAGGCACCGAGGCGCAUUGAGCAGAACGGCCUGCCGACGGCCCUCCUUUGGCACCCUCUCCUGGGCUCCGACUAUGAGGAUCGAUUGGUGACCGCGAACAACGAGUACAAGUUCAAGCAGUGGAACGCUGACAACAAAAGCUGCCGUAGGACAACGAUCGGGCCUACGUUUGGGGGCCCCAUCAACCGGUUGGAGCAAAUCAACAACAUACAUACGGACGGACAGUCGCGCCCAACCGAGUUUGUGGCUUACGGCACUGCGGAGAAGGUGGUCGGGUUGGUUCAGGUACCUUUUGAUGGGAAUUCUCACAAGAUGAUGGGCCUUAUCGCGCAUCCCGGCGAGAUCAGUUCUCUUUCUGUCAGCGGCGACGGGAACUACUUGAUCACCGCUGGGGGGAAAGACCUCACCGUCAAUGUGUGGAAAAUAAACACCCAGGCCGUGCAGAACGCAGCUUCUGCCAACAUGCCAGCCAAGAACCAGACCCAGCUGAAAGUGGAGCAAGAAUCAGUCCGAGGAGACCCAAGCAUGAGCACAAUCAUCCCCUCUGCGGCGGACGACAUGGCACCAUUUCUGGAACAGCUGCAGGGGGGAGAAGGGGGAGAUCUGCACGAGGAACUGGUAGAUUACUUUUUCUACGCACUUUUGAGGACUCAGGGGGAGGACACGACAAACGAACGGUCAACGGCUAGCGCGGUACCUGUGGAGGAGGUUCCGAACAUCAUGAGGGCGUUAGGCUACUAUCCGACGGAGCAGGAGGUUGCCCACAUGUCGAACGAGAUCAAGUACUCGCGAUUCACCGAGACCGGGGAGGUGGAAGAUUCUGUGGAUCUGAAUGGAUUGAUACGCCUCUUCGUGAACCAUCGUCCGGUGUUCCCGGUCAGCAAACAGGCCCUGACUGGAGACAACAGUACUACAAGAAUGAACGGACGACAAACCCUCCAUCCCAUGCAGUUUGCGGAAGAAGUGCUCGGAUUCGAGGACCACCGGCAAUCACGCACCAACAUCAACUCUUCGGAUCGAGACAGCCUUGACUCAACAAGCCUGUUCAGAGGCGGCGGUGGAAUACUCAAAUAA